AUGUACGAACCAUUUUUGACGAUAGCUUUUGCUGGAUUUUUCAAUGGAUUAAUUAAAGCUAUAUCUCAAGUUUGGCAAUUAUUAGUACCAAUUGAUGUGACAAAAGGCCAAUGUAUUGCAUUAACAAGUUUAGUUGUUACAGGAAUUUUUAUUUACAGAACUGCAUUUCAAGGAUUUUUGUUAUGGCGACUAAAAAAUAUUGAACAUAAAAAAAAAGAUUUAUGGAUUGGUGUCGCGCUAUUUACUACCAGAGUUGCUUUUAAUUUUGCUCAAUUUUUCCAAAUAAAACCAGAAGCAGUUUAUGAUCCCGAUGAAGAUGCCUAUUAUUGUAAUCAGGGAUUAGACCUAGCCAGGACCCAAGUAUUAGGAUACAUAUCAAUUGAUUUACUAAUUGAAUGUUAUGUGACAUUUCGUUUUAUGCAAGUUUUAACCAAAGCAAAUGAAACUGCAGUUGAAUUAAAAGGAGGAAAAAGAAGUAUGUUUACUGCAAUCAUCUACUGGAACUUUUUAAGAUUAUUUCUUGCAAUUAGUCAAAGUGCAAUGUUCGUAGGUUGGACAAUAUCUGGAAUCUAUAGAAAUAACGACAAAGAGUUGGCCCUUUAUAUAAACAGUACGCAGACAUUACUUCUAAUAGGAUUGUCAUAUGCAAUAACUAUUGAUGCGGAGAUAGUGAGAGUAAUUGAAGGUAGAAAACCAUCAAUCGGUUCUAAAUCAUUCAAAAAUAUAACACGAUAUUCUAGAAAUGCAUAUAUUCCUAAUAAAAACAUCCAAUCAUUUCGAACAUCAUCUAGUGAGACUUCAAACAAUUCAGCAACGGUAAUUGAAUCAUUAGAUAAUACUGAUGAUAAUGAAAUUAUUUCUAUAGAAGAAAAUCAAAAUCCAUCAGUUAAAAAAUGA